CCUGCCAGAGCCGAGCCGGACGCGGGAGGGCUGGCGGCCAUGGCGGUCUCGGAGCCCGGCUAUCGGAGCUGGUCCUUCUUUCCCGAGGUGCCAUCCGCCACCUUCUUCACCGCGCUGCUCUCGCUGCUGGUGUCUGGACCCCGCCUGUUCCUGCUGCAGCAGCCCCUGGCGCCCUCCGGCCUCUCGCUGAAGGCCGACGCCCUGCGCGACUGGCAAGUUUACAGGCUGGUGACCUACAUCUUUGUCUAUGAGAAUCCAAUCUCCCUAUUCUGCGGUGCUAUCGUCAUCUGGCGCUUUGCUGGCAACUUUGAGAGAACCGUGGGCACCGUCCGCCACUGCUUCUUCACCGUGAUCUUCGCCCUCUUCUCUGCUAUCAUCUUCCUGUCAUUUGAGGCUGUGACAACACUGUCAAGGCUGGGGGAGGUGGAGGAUGCCAGAGGUUUCACUCCAGUGGCUUUUGCCAUGCUGGGAGUCAACUCUGUCCGCUCUCGGAUGAGGAGGGCCCUGGUGUUUGGGGUGGUCGUGCCCACAAUGGUGGUGCCAUGGCUACUGCUGUGUGCUUCCUGGCUCAUUCCCCAGACCUCUUUCCUCAGUAAUGUCUGUGGACUUGGGAUUGGGCUAGCGUAUGGCAUCACAUACUGCUAUUCCAUCGACCUCUCAGAGCGUGUAGCACUGAAGCUUGACCAGAAGUUCCCCUUCAGCCUGAUGAGGAGGAUUUCAAUGUUCAAGUACAUCUCAGGCUCUUCAGCUGAAAGAAGAGCAGCCCAUAGCCGGAAAAUGAACCCUGUGCCUGGCUCCUACCCGACGCAGAGUGGCCAUCCUCACCUGUCCCCCAACCACCCUGUCGCCCAGAUGCAGCACACUAGUGGCCAAAAGUUAGCCUCUUGGCCCCCCAGUGCUCCGGGGCACAUGCCCAGCCUGCCUCCAUACCAGCCUGCCUCCGGCCUGUGUUAUGUACAGAACCAUUUUGGCACAACCCCUAACUCCUCUGGUGUCUACCCAGCUUCGGCGGGUGCCUCCAUGGGGGUUCAGCCUCCUGCCCCCCUCAACUGCCCCGGCACAGUGUAUUCUGGAGCCCUGGCCACUCCGAAGGCUGCAGGCUCCAAGGAGUGCUCACGGGUUCUGAUCCCCUGAGAGAGAUUUUCCAGGGGAGUUAUCUCACCUCAUGGCCUUCUGAAGAAGGUCCUCUCUGAGAUUUUCUUUACAAAAAAUUAUUUAUUGAACACCUCUGUGUGCCAGGCUCUGUGUUGAGUACUUUGAUAUUCCUAUUUCAAGCUCAUUCAUUUUCACGACAACUUUGUGAAGUGCAGUUUUUUGUCCCCAGUUUACAGGUGCAGAAAGCGAGACACUUUGUGAUGCUAUAAGGUUG